ACAUGGAAUUCGUCAUUGCAUCGCAUUGUGGUUGGUGAAUUUGUAGUGAUUAAUUUAAUAAAUAGUGUAAAAUCUUAUGGAAUAUUCUCAGUGGCCGUUUCAUACAUUAACCACCUAAAGUUCUAUUUUUUAAUUUGGCUUUACAAAUGAUUGGUUUCGGUUGUUUCUCGAAAUCCCCACGUUUAUUGCUGUACCAAAAUAACACGUAAAACGUUGGUUAUCAUUAUCAUUUCCUUGCAUUGAUUAAUGUUUGUUACAUGACGUAGAACGUGUGAGCAGUGAUCAUGGAAGUGAAUCCAGUGAAUAUAUUUUUCGUUAAAAGUGACAGUAAAGGGGACAGGCUCCUCUUCAGAUACCCAUACACUGUAGAGGCUAAAGAUGAAGGAAAACAAAAGAAAUGUGGCCGCCACAAUCCCUACGCCAUCUCCACCACGGAGGACUUGUUGCAAAACACACAAACACAAACAUCCAACAUUUGUAAAGGUCAGCUAAGUGGCUUCACAGACGAGAUGCUGUCAACUCUGUUUGCUGUGAAGCCAGAACUGUGCAACCGGAAAUUUGAGCUCAAAGUCAAUGAUGUAAGGUUUGUUGGACAUCCAACACUGUUGCCGUACCGGACUAACAAGGAUGAUACUGCUGCCAUGAUACUCAUCAACAUUGUCUUCGCACUGCAGGCUUCGGCUAGCCACUCUAUUGUUAAAUGCUACUAUGAUCUUAGUAAAAGGCUUGGCAAAGCACUAAGACAUGAAGAAAAAAGGUGCUCUUAUUUAACUGAAGAAAUGAAAAUAAUGUUAGCAGCCCACGACGAGGUCUCAACCCUGGACAAUGAGAUCAACACUGAGAAUGACGAUGAUGAGGAGAACUCGCGGUACUCGGUCAGUUCCACCACGUUCAGCCUGGACGCCGCGCUGGACACGGGGCCCAAGUCCGCCUUCCACCUGAUAUUGCAGCGGAGCUCGCUGGCGAGAUCCAUGAAGCAAGUGUUUGAGGAGCUCAGCAGUACAGGUAUAGUGCAAGUUCGCAUCAACAAGUGGGUGCUAUUAUCAUUCUGCCUGCCACACAAGGCGCAUCAGAUACACAAUCGCGGGUUGAUCAUAGAGCCAGAGACCAUAGACAAAUGCUUGCAGAAGCUGCGGCCGUACCAUGGGAUUCUGUUGAUGGUGAACCCCAACGAGCUCCUAGAGUGCAUCCCUCUGGACGGCAGCCCGGCGCUGCUGAGACUCAUCAAGCUGUACAGUCCGCUGAAGAGUUUACAGACCAUCGCGAUUGAGGCGGACCUUACGUUGACACAGGUGUUCCAGCUAACCGGGCACCUAGUCUACUGGGCGAAGGCAACAGUGAUCUACCCGCUGUGCGAGGGCAACGUGUACGUGGUGGCGCCCGGCGCGGACACGCGCGCCCACUCGCCGCUGCCGCGGGAGUUUGCCGCGGAGUUCCCCGGACUGUGUCUGCUGCAGAUCCUAAGCUCCUUCUCCCUCCCCGCCCCGCUCUGGUACCACGCGCGCGGGGCGGGCGGCGGCGCGGACGUGACUAGACUGCCGCGCGCCGUGGCCUGGCUGCUGCGGCGCCGGCUGCUGCUGCAGCUGCACACGUACGUGCAGUUCAACUCCGCGCACUGGGCCCGCGAUCCAGACGGCAAAGAGUAUUUCUGCGAGAAACACAACAUAAUCUACAACCAGUCGUGCAACGUGUCGUUCUCAUCACUCAACCAAAUGCAACUGAACGUGCCCGAACCAGUGGACCAACGAAACAGCUCCAAUAUAUUCCCAGACUCCGACGAAGAAUACCCGACACAGAACAACCUCAACCAAACAGACUUCUCACAUACUAAACCUAUAGUAAUCGAGUCAGAAGUCUCGUUGAAACAUGAUAAGUUUGAAGAGGUUGAUUCUGCAAACCACUCGUUUGAUGAUGGACUUGAUGUUGUAGACGGAAUCAUGAAAACAAGCUUGCAUAUCGAAGGAGUAGACAGAGAAAAGAAAUUACAGGGUAAUUCAGUAGAUAGUGGUAUAUCGAACAAUAUUAACGGUAACACUAACGGUGAAAGUAAUGGUGUUGAAUGUGAUAAUGAUAGUAAAGAGGAUAAACCAAAGUUGAAGACGAGAUUGUCGGAUUUGUCACUGAAAGAGAGUGAAACGUCGUCCAAAGACACGACGAGUGAUGAAGACAGGUUUGAAAGUGAUCCGGAAUUGUCGCCUCGACAGAAAGUCAGUAAUGGAGUGUCGUUUACUAACGGACAUGAGAAGAAAAAUGGUAUCUCGCUGAAUCUCAAGUUGCAGAGCGAAAUGAGUUUCCAACCCCCCACCGUCUGGACGGGCCUCGGGUCAUGCGACGCGAUGGAGCCGCGAGCGCCGCCCGACGCCGCCGGCGAAGAGGCCGCUCUUCACGCCUUCACCAAGGAAGAGAGAGCCGUGCUAGCCCAGCUGCCGGCCGCGCAGCAACCGGAGGACUUGAUGUUACUAGCACAGCUGCAUAAAAAAGGCUACCUCCGCGGCGAGCACCACCUAGAAGAGAUCAUGUUCAUGGAGAACGUGACUCGCUCGCAGCUCAUGCAGCUGCUGGACAAGUUCAAGGACGUGCUCAUCACCUUCGAGACCGAGGACCCGGCAGUAGCCAUGUUGUACCCGUAUCAGUAGAUUAAAUUGUGGAUGAAGUAAAA